AUUAUCGGUAAAACAGCCCUGACUCUUAUUGUACUUAUGUCCUGCAGGGUGUCCAGUUUCUAUCAAGCAGUUGGGAAGCAACAAGAGGAUCGGCCUGACAACAGUCGCCAUGGUAGGGAUGGAACCGGAGGUUUGCCACAGACUUCCGCCCUCCUCCACCCAGCCUUUCCACGUCCUCGCCCUGGCUCCCAUCAUGAGGCCUGUUUGGCCUCCACCUGGCUCAGAGAUAUUCUGUCCAGGCCUCAGGAGAUGGAGGGUCCACAGGAAAAGACCCCCCAGGUCCAGACAGGCCGGCCCGGUAGCAGCGAGAGAAGUCGCCACGGUAACCUCCCUUUGUCCACCGGCGGUGAAGUUCGUGGCCACCGACUGGGUCGGUCAAAAGGCGGCAGAUAAGAGUUCAGAGAUGCAGACGGGGCCGUGUGCAGGGAAAACGGACCUCUGUGAGGAGCAGAAGCCGGAGUCAGCUGCAAACGAUAACACGGAGAACCCUUUGGAGAUCUCCAGGGAGACGGACAGCGACCAGAAGGACAAGCGUCCGGUGGCGUCGACCCCUGUCCCCGGAUCACCCUGGUGUGUAGUGUGGACUGGAGACGACAGGGUCUUCUUCUUCAAUCCCACAAUGCAGCUGUCAGUUUGGGAAAAGCCCUUGGAUUUAAAAGGCCGCGGGGAUCUCAACAGGAUUAUCAAAGAUCCUCCACACAAACGCAAGAAGGAAGAAUCAACAGAAGAGGAGUCUGGCUCGACCCUGAUCGGCGAGGAGAGCGAGGAGUUAAUAAUCAAGCGGAACAGAAUGGACGAGCCUGCUGUGAAAUCGGACCAGCAGGAGGCAGAGGAGGACUUAAGUGCCAAAUUAUCGCCUGGUCGUACCACGCUCCCGUUAGAAGUGCGCAUCUCCCACUUCAGAGCCAUGCUGCUUGAAAGAGGGGUGUCAGCUUUUUCAACCUGGGAAAAAGAGUUGUACAAAAUUGUGUUCGACCCUCGAUAUCUUCUACUGAGCCCUGAAGAGAGAAAGCAGAUUUUUGAGCAGUUUGUCAAGAUGAGGAUGAAAGAGGAACAUAAAGAAAAAAAGAGCAAACAACUGCAGGCGAAAGAGGAAUUUCGCAAACUUCUUGAGGACUCCAGAAUUACAUCAAGGUCAACAUUUAAGGAGUUCUCUGAGAAGUAUGGCAGAGACCAGCGAUUCAAGCGCGUUCAGAAAAAGAGCGAUCAGGAGCACCUCUUCAAUCAGUUCAUUGGCGUGCUGAAGAAGCGAGACAAAGAAAACAGACUAAGACUGAGAAAGAUGAGGUGAGAAGGCACACGACUGGUGAGCAAUUCUUCGUACUUCAUUAUGGAACUACAAAAAAAAAGAAAGAAAAAAGCAGUACCCAUGUAUAAUGAUCCGUGUGCAAACAGAGAAUGGUUCAUCAUCUUUCUUCUUUUUAAGCCAUCGGUGUCUGAUUUAGUACAUCAGUGAUCAGAGAUUUAAUGUUUCAUAUUGAAGCUUUUCUGCAGUACUUCAGGUGUUCUGCUUGUGGUUAAAACUAAUGAAAUCAUGUGCUAAUUAGACUGAUGUAUGAAUGUGGAUUGUUGGUGUAUAUGCACUAUUGCACAAACAUAAAAGUGGUACAUAAAAGUAUUGAAAAGGGGCAUUGAAAAGACAAGUGGGUAAAUAUCGUCAUGGAUUGGAAACCCAAUAAAAUAUUGUCCUCUCGUUAUAUUCAAAGAGUGAUUCAGCCACUUACUUUAAAUUUGCAUCUUGCACUAGCACAGAGUUCAAAUAAAUGAAUAAAUAAAUAUUUCGAAUAAAUAAAUAAGCACUUAUAAGUUACAUGAGUGUAUUAAUACCAGGGCCAGGCAAGUGAACAAGCCAGAAUUUCUGCAUCCUGUAGUUCUCUCUUCACAGCACAACAAGGUCAGUGAAGUUACUUCUUAAGCCCCUUGUUUAUAAAUUGGCCAACAGCAGAUCAUCAAUCCAUAUUAACCAUAUAAAUCACACAAGAUACGCACGCUGACCUUGGAGCAAAUGAGGGCCGACACUAAUUUUCCUAGAUGUCGCCGGCGUGUCGAUGCAUCACUUUGACUCCCGCCUCGUGAGAUUGACUCGCGCCGCGAGCCUCGUCUUAUUAAUCCUCCGCGGUGUCAUCGCCCGCGCCUGCGGUGAUUCGUCCAGAAGUUUCUGAGGUCGGCGUGCCGAAGUUACGGUGAGGCGUUGAGGAGGAGGAGGGACGAAACAGCGGUCACACCAAACACCUGCGAGGAACGUCCAGCGAUCCUCACUACGAAAUAAAUACUUGUCCUCGCUUUAUAGGCAUUUAUUCAAAUAAAUUUGUUUCGUCCACGGAGAAAACUGUUUUUCAGUCAAUCGCACUCACUCACUGCACAGUGGAUCUGUGACAAACACACUAGUAUAUUCCUAGUCCAUAAGUAUUUGGACAGCGACACAAUUUUUGUUGGUUUGGUUUCAUACUCCAAAACAUUCUAAAUGAAACAAAAUGUUUUUUUAAAGUACAGAUUGCCAGCUUUACUUUCAGGGUAUUUGCACCUACAUUGGGUGAGCCAUGUAGGACUUACAGCCCCUUUUAUACAUAGCCACCCCCCCCCCCCCCCCCCGCCCCCCAUUUUAGGGGAGAAGAAGUAAUUGGACAUUUUUUACAUACAGUAUCUUAGAUGAAGUCAUCAUUUUUAGUAAAUUGCUUGCAAAACAUUGCAUUUCAUGAUUGCCUGAAGUCUGCAACCAAUAGACAUCAGCAGACACCGAGUAUCUUCUCUGCCAGGCCUGUAUUGCAGCCAUCUUCAGUUCCUGUUUGUUUCAGGGGAUUUUUGCCUUCAGUCUUGUCUGCAGCAAGUGAAGCGUGUGUUUCUUUGGAUUCAGGCCAGGUGCUUGACUUGGCCAGUAAAGAACAUUCCACUUUUUGGCCCUGAAACUCUCCUUGGUUGUUUUAGCAGUAUGUUUGUUCCAGACCGCCACAGUUUUCUUUCUUAAUUUACAUGUAACAAACUCUAACCUGGUCAUUCUGUUCUUUGUUCUGGCUUACCAGUGGAUUGCAUCUUGCAGUGAACCCUCCGAGAUUAUAUUGGUGUGGUCUUCUCUUUAUUAUCUUUGACACAUCUAUGUCUACACCCUGGAGCUGACAGUCGAAAUUCAAGCUGACAUUCUGUGCUUUAACCUCACAUUCAUUGUUUCAUUUCAAAUCCAAUGUGCUGGAGUACACAGCCGACAAAAAUUGUGUCACUGUCCAAACAUUUACAGACUACACUAUAUAUAUAUAUAUAUAUACUCACACACACUACAUGGCCAAAAGUAUAUGAACACCUGACAUCCAACAUCUCAUCCAAUUAUGGGCAUUAUCAACUAUGGGCAUUAAUAUGAAUUUGAUCCACCCUUUGCUGUUAUAUAACAGCCUCCACUCUUCUGGGAAGGCUUUAUACAAGACAUUGGCACAUUGCUUCAGGGAUUUGCUUCCAUUCAGCCAGAAGAGCAUCAGUGAAGUGGUGCACUAAUUGAGCAAUUAGGCCUGGCUUGCUGUUAGCUUACCAAUUGAUCCCAAAAGUGUUGGAUGGGGUUGAAGUCAGGGCUCUGUGCAGGCCAGUCAGGUUCUUCUCCACACUGAUCAACAAAACCAUUUCUAUAAGGACCUUGCAGUGUGUCCAGGGGCAUUGCCAUGCUGAAACAGGCAAGGGCCUUCCCCUAACUGUUGCCAAAAGUUGGAGGUACAGAAUCAGUUAGAAUGUCAAUGCAUUAAGAUUUAAUGUAACAUUUGCCUUCACUGGUACUAAGGGGCCUAGCCAAAACUAUGAAAAACAGCCCCAGACCAAGGGGUGUCCAGAUACUUUUGGUCAUAUCUAUGUAUAUAUAUAUAUAUAUAUAUAUAUAUAGAACAUACGGUAUAAUACAGCUGUAACACAGAAUUUUUUUCCAAAUAGAAAAACAAACAAAAAAUAGAAACAAAAUGUGUUGAAUAAUAUGCAAAUGUUGCAUCCCCUUGCCAAAAUAUGCACAAUAAGUGGAAUUACCAAAAAAAAAAAAAAAAAAACCACUCAUGAAUCUUCAUUUUGUUUUCCUGAUUUACAUUUCCACUGCCCGAGAAGCAUAUUUAUUCAACUGCGCAUUGUAAACCAGAAAAAUAUAAUUUAAAAAAAACACUUCAGCAGAAUAAAGGGCAAUUUUAUGGUAAGACAUGCUGGGCGGGAUUAUGUUGUAUAAGAAUGUAUGAGGGGUUUCUGCUCUGGCUCAUUGUAAAGGGAUUUGACAGUUUGAUUCUGACAUCAGAAGAUGUUGCACUGAAAUAAUUACUGCAGACAAUGUGGAGAGAAUUGUUGGAAAUGUCGGACAAAUUCCAAUGUUAUUUCCCAAAGUAUGUUGUGGCUAGUACGUUACAUUACAUAAUAAAAAUCAUUACGUUAUAAAAAUCACAGUAAGGGAACAUCAUAAAUGUUGCUGCUUUGUUGAAAGGGAUUGUCAGUAUACCAAUGAAUUCUGUAUUAUUGUCUUUCUACUUGUUGUUUUUGUGCUUAUUUUAUAAUUAAAAUGCUGAUGUUUUGUGAAACCUGAUGUCGAUUCAAUUAAAUGAUCCAAACCAUGCUGAAUCAGCACAAUGUGUACGGCAACAUCCUCUAUGCUGUAUGGGAGGGGUGUCCUGUCUUAUCCAAAAAGGGCCAAUGUGGAUGCACGUUUUAUGUUUUAGCUUAGCACUAAGUUACCUGAUUCUACUUAUCAAGGUAUUGAUUGAAAACAAUGAUUAGUUAGUUAUUUGAGCUUGUCGUCAUAGUGCAAGGCUAAAGCAACGACCUGUGCCCACAAAAG